UGCAGGCCACAAGGAGGUGGAGAGGCAGAGGUCCCGCCCCCACUCAGUCCUCUACAUGAGAAGGCCUGGGGGAUGUGGAUCCCUUUACCCUGAUUCUCUCCUGAAUCCUGAGUGCCCCAGGCUUCCUCCACAGUUCCUUCUCUCCUGCCUGAUGGCUCUGCUGGUCUCAUUUCACGGAGGGAAUGGGGUCAUAGCAUGGGUCCUGCUUCUGCUGCUGACAGCAGUGUGUGUGCAACCUGGGAACUCAUCAGGAUCCAACAGAGUAAAUGGCUAUCGGGUGGAACAACCAGCAUGCCUCUCUGGUGUGCAGGGCAGCUUCAUCGAGAUCAGCUUCUCCUUCUACUUCCCCUGGGAGUUGGCACAGGAUUCACAGAUGACGAUUCUCUGGAGAUGGAAGAACUUCCAUGGGGGAUUGAUCUACAACUCCUCCUCGGGUUUCAUACAUGAGCAUUUUAAGAACCGACUCAUCCUGAACUGGACACAGCCUCAGACAUCUGGAGUCCUCAGAAUCCUGGACUUGAAGGAGAAGGACCAGACAGUAUACUUCUGCCAAGUUCGUCUGAACACAAGUAAAGACAUACAGAUGUUUCAGUCAAAUGAUGGGACCCACCUCACUAUCACUCAAGCCCCUGGAAGCACCGCUCGAAGUCCCACCACUGCAACUUCUGAAGGCCAGAUGAGCGGGAAUCAGACUCAGGAUCUGGGAACCACAGUUGGGUUGGCUGUGGCUGCUGCUGUGCUCCUGGCUGGGGUUUUGGGAUUGAUGGUGUUCCUCAGGUGGAAGAGGAGGAAAGGCCAGAGGACUAAAGCCGAAACCCCAGCCAGGGAACUCAUUGAAAACAUUGAGAAAUGUGAGCAAGUUGAGCUCGAAGGACUACUUAUGGACCCCAAAGAGAUCCCCAAGGACAACAACAUCGUGUAUGCCUCCAUUGCCUUCUCAAGCCCAACCUCCCCAGGAACACCAGGCUGCCCGCCUGUCCAUGAGAACCCCCAGGAAGAGACUGUAUACUCCACCGUAAAGACCAAAUGAGCAGGUCUGGGUAACCAUCCCAGAGUCACCUUUGCUUCUAGUAGGAAGACUCCCAGCUUCCUCUGAUACCCACAGUCAGAUGCUCACAGGUCACAGAUACCCAUGGCCAGGACAGAAAUUCAGAGUCAGGGAUUUGAACUCAGAGAAACUGAGAAACUCAGUUUCCUGUUUUAGCUUCCUAGGCCUCUUUCAUACAAAUAAAAAGAUCCACAAAAUUUGCCUAAAUGAAUCUAAUUAAGGGUCAUUAGUAGUGGGCCCUCUCAGAAACCCCAUCCCCCCAUCACUCUUUUCUAGUUUCCCAAGGCAGGGCAUGCCCCAAAAGCUGGCAGCUGUCCACACGAUGUGCACCCACAUCUGUGAGUGUAAUAACCAGCAUACACUGCGACUGGUCCCCAUGCACCACCUCACAGGACAUCAGCAGUAGCCCUAGAGAGAUGGUGUGAGACAGGGAACUGAACACCAGAUGGUCACGGUGCUUUCCAAAGGUCAAGUCGCUCCCAGGAAGGAGAGCCAGGACUCACACACACGCUGUCCUGAAUGUUCCCCAGGUCUGGGUCUUGCUGCUGUCUCCAGCCUCCUGUCCCCUCCAGAGCAGGCAGUCUGCCAUAGAGACAGGAAAGGAAGCACACCUCAGCAGUAGCCCAGAGACCUGCUUUAUUGACACGGGCUGCACAGCUCUGAAUAGAACCAGUUGACAGGUCAACAGCCCUGACAUUCAUCAGCUGCUCAAGAACGCUAAGAGACAGACAGCAGUAGGAGGACCAGAGCACGCUACUCCUCAAAAAGGGCCGCCAGGAACUCCUCAGAGCCGUCCCUCUGCUGCGAGUCCCCCCUCUCCUCUGGCUCUCCAAUGUCUUCCAUGAGUUGCUCCAACUCCAGGCCGCUGGAACCAUCAUCUUCAGGGGAGAAACUUGCUGCCUCCUGUGUCAGGGACUCCUGCGGUCCAGGACCUUUCUUUCCCGAAGGAGAAGCCCCAUGCCAAGCUGGUGGGGUAGGGCACUCUGAUGCAACUUUAAUUCCUUCUCCUCAGGGAAGUUGCUAGCUGAGGCCUUGCAUUCAGGAGUCUUAAAUUUCUUUAGGGCCAAAGAGAACAAAGGACAAAGUUGAGAGUCCCGUUGAGUCAGCCUGUCCUGACGUCUUACCACCCAGAUUUCUGAAUUCUUAUGUUUAAAGCAUCUGAAAGGAUAAUCACAUAUGGGAAGUGCCCGGGUUUUCAAAGGGCUCAGCCCUCCAAAGGUAAGAGGAGCAGCUGAGAGGUGGGAGACCCAGGUUCCAGGGAGACAAAAGGAGGCGUGGAGAGUGCAGAACAGGGAAAGCAGGGAGGGGACACGAGGUCAGUCAGGGUAAUGAACAAGGGGCAGUGGACAGGAGAGCUCUCCUCUGAUUGGCUGUGCUGUGCAAAGGACAGCUGAGGAAAGGCUUCAGGUCCCUGGGGGACUCUCAGUCCUGUCCCUGAUUGGCUGAUUCAGAGCAUUAUGCUACCCUGGGCCCCUAAUGUUGUCUGAACACAGAGAUCAGCUGAGAGGCAGACAGAGGAUCAACAUGGCUGCCACACUGACACUGGUUCUUCUCCUACAGGCCAGCAGACUAAAGCCAAACCUCAGCUAUGUCAGCACUUGUCAUCGCAAGGACCUCAUGAGGAGCUAUUUAGGGGUUUGAAUAAGACUGGCACCCAUAGGCUCAAGGAUUUGUAUGUUUUCUCACCAGGGAGUGGCACAUAAAAGUGUAGCCUUGUGGGAAUAGGCAGGGCAAUGAAAGCAGAAUUAGGUCACUCGGAGUGGGAUUUGGUAUUUCAAGUGCUCAAGCCUGUCCAGUGUCUCUCCACUGCCUGUCAAUGUGGAUGUAGAACUCUUAGCUUCUUCUCCAGCACCAGGUCUGCCUGCAUGACUCUGUGCUUCCCUUCAUGACGAUGAUGGGUUAUACUUUGAAACUGUAAG